AUGUUAAUGAAAAACCUUGUUUCAGAUCUUUCCAAAGUCGAUAUCAUUCCGCCACGUGGAUCACUAAUCGACAUCACACCGAUCGACAUUUCGACGAUCGGUAGAGAGAGUUCGGCUUGUGCUGGCGGUUGCGGAGGACAUGGAACGUGUACAUUAUCGGGUUGUUUAUGCAAUGGUGGAUAUUCGGGAAAGGAUUGUCAAGAGAUUUUGCCGCCUGUUUGCACGAUCGCUUGCGCACACGGGAGUUGUUCGGGUUCUCUGUGUUCUUGCUAUGCCGGAUGGAUGGGAGUCGACUGUUCGCUGGCGCUUUGUCCUGAGUUGCGCAAUUGCUCGAAUCACGGCUAUUGCACGUCAUCAGAUCGAUGCUUUUGCGAUGCAGGAUAUACAGGCCCUGAUUGCUCAAUCGAAAUGUGCUCACCGAGUAACUGCUUUCACGGGAAUUGCUCAACAGGGAAUUGCGCUUGCGACGAGGGUUGGCACGGGAAGCGCUGCCGGACGCCGAUUUGCUCGACGCGUUGCUCGUUUAACGGGAUUUGCUCAAGUCCCGAGCAGUGUCAAUGUUUUAUCGAUUAUCGAGGCCCAACUUGCAAUGAAUGCUCAACGGAGGACUGUGUCGGCUGUGAUCCGCCGUGUGAACACGGGGAAUGCGAUCCAAUUGCAAAAACUUGCAUCUGUCACGAUGGAUGGAAAGGGAUCAGCUGUGGUGAUUGCCCGUCAAAUUUGUGCCAAUCGAAGCCAUCAAUUGCCUAUAUUCUUCCACAAACGGUCGAUGUUGAGGAAACGAAUUUGAUUGUCAGCGUUCAUGGGAAAAAUUUCCCCAGAGCUUCCGAGUAUUCCUGUAUAUUCGGCACGUUAAAAGCUCCGGGAAAAUUCGUUUCAAGUUCACUCGUCAGAUGCGCCAUUCCAGAGGAGAUGUCAAUCGGUCGUCACGUGUUCACUCUUGAACCCGAAACAACUCAUGAACACAUUGAGAGUGUCGAUGAGAAACCGAUACAUUUCACGUUUACAGAAAGAAUCUCGCAAAAAUGCCAAGGCUCGGAUCUUGGUCCGUUGUGCGUUUGUGCAAUUGGAAAAUCCGGUGCAGACUGUGCAAUCAUUGAGUUGAUUGCGCAAAUCGAUCGACAAUUCAUUACGAAUCAAAGGGCAAACGAGGGAGCCGAGGGGACACCGUAUCUUGUGAAAUUGCCGCUAUUUGAAAACUCAGUGAUUCAAGUCUCCUCAACAGCUCCUGGGCUUCAAUUCGACUCAUCAAAGAAUCUAAUCGUUUGGGAAAAUCCGAUUGGUUCCACAAAGCCCUACAACAUUUCAUUGAGUAUUUGGAAUGCGAAUGGACCGAAUGAGAUCGAUUGGCCGUUGAAAGUCCCACCGAGUUACAAGGCAAAAAUCGAGGGGUUUGAAAUGGUGGGAAGCACACAGAAAAGAAGAAUUUUUGGACGAAUCGACAAGCCUUUGCCAAAUCGUCCGGUAAUACUUCAAAUUCGCCGAGAUGGAGCGAAAAGCGAGGAGUUUCUUGUUGAAACCGACGAAAAUGGUUUUUUUUCAUCAGAAUACACGCCUGACUGGAAUUUUGGAGGGAAAUAUCAUGUGUCAGCCAGUCAUCCGGGUGAGGUGAAAUCGGUGGAUGAUCAUUUCGAGAUCUCUUGGUCAACUCCAAACAUUGAAGUGACAUACAAUGAACGCCCAACACGCGAUCAGCUCAAAUCGGGAGUUGAAUAUUUGGUGGAGAAUGUGGGCGAGGUGGCGAUUUCGGGUUGGAAAUUGCAGAUUGCCAGCGGAAAUUUGUCAAUAGAUAGCGUUGAACAGUCAACGAAAAGCCUGGAAUUUCGUGAAGGUGCUCGAGUGUUGGUGAAAUAUUCAAUGGUUGAGGAUUUCUCCGGCCCAUUCACCGUUUUGCUGGUGACGGAUUCGGGACUGACAAGGGUGAUCAGACAAGAAGUCCCGAUGAGGCGCGUUUUGAAAUCGCUUUCCUCUACUCCAAAAUCUCUGAUCGUUCCACUAAUCUUCAACGCUUUACCCACCGUACAAAUACAUUUGGACACAACGGACACCAAGAUCUCAUCGCCACUUCAACUCGGCUUCGAGACUCGACCGGAGCCAUUUUAUCUUAUUGGAUCCGAUCCACCAUUGAGCAAUUACGCUGAAUACUCGGCAAAUGAUCGUGGUUUAACGCUUUUUCUCGGCGGGACACCGGACGGGAGUCGAGUCAAUGGAACGAUUCACAUAUUGUACCGGGGUGAUAUAAUUCUCCGAAUUCCGUACACUUUCUCAAGGCGAGAGACCGAUCUGUUCCCGUUAGCGAUAUGCUUACAAGACGAGCAGUACUCGGAGUUCUCUUCAAUCAAAACGAAUGCCCAAAUCGAGUUGGUGAACUCGACGAAUGGAGUCGUGAUGAAUCCGAGAAGUGCCAUUGUCAAUGGUUCCCCGCAAAUCUUUACGAUUUAUCCAGGAUUUUAUCAAUUGACUGUUACCGCCGACCAACAUCAAACAUACGAAGAAGCUAUUUAUGUCACUCCAUCAAAUGAGUCAUUUUGUGUCCGUUUGGCUACAAAAGUCACAAAUAUUAUGCCAAUUUUCAACGGAAAGCACUUUUCAAUUGAUAAAAUUGCGAAAAAUCAGAUUUCCCCAAUUCCACAAGUCAUUCUUUUUCCAUCAUUCAUCACCGAGAAAACUGAAGAAAUCGAAGCGUUUAUCGACGGGCAUUUAACAAAAGAAACAUACGUCUAUUUUGAUGAGAUAAAAACUCAAUUUUUAAACAUUAAAGCUUCAACGUCAGCGAUUUCCGUUGGUGAUUCAGCAAAAAUACAAGUGGAUGCUCAUUCUUUGAACGAUUUAUUCAAAGAUCAAUGCGAUGCAAUCAUUUUCAAUGUUCCUUAUCACAUUUCGAAGAACAAUUCAGUCGAUAUUCUUCACAAUACACAAGUGAUCGUGGGAAAAACGGAGCAAGCGAGAAAGCUUUGCGAUGAGAAUUUGCAAAGUGUUUCAUUGGCGGUGAAGACGAGUAUUCAGUGCAAUUGCGCAAAUGGAGUACGAGAGAAUUGCAGACAAAAGUAUACAAGUGCAAUGGGAUGUGGCGGUGGAUGGAAAAUGAUUGCUGAUGAUACUGUUUCCCUGGAGAAUUUCGCUAUGAUCCUCCAUCUUGUCGCCGAAUGUCAACAAAUGCGGAUCUAUUUCGACGAGUUGAAAGGAUCGAUAAGUUGUAUUGCCUCAUUGGACGCAGAGUGUCCUUUAUCAAAUCGACUGAAGCGUGAAAUCUCGGAGAGUGAGGAAAAAAAGUGGCUAGAAGACAAUCAGAUUCCUGCUUUCGAGCCGAGAAUGACGUCAAGGAAGAUGAAAUCGAUUGAGAUCUCCGACCAAUGGGAUUCGUCAUUCACGAAAGCGUUGGACGUGCAAGCGAUCUCGUUUGCUGCUCAAUUCCUUGAGUUCUUCGAGAGAUUUGAGGAAAUCUUUCCAUUGCCAACACUGAAAAGUUUCCCAACUCGUUUUUGGAACGAAUUUUUCCAAUCGAUCGCCGAUCACUCUGAGAAUGGAAUGAAGAUUUCUGAAGGGGAAAACGAGAAACUUUUAGGAAAUGUGCAAAAUGGUGCCACUUUUUUGAAACUUUGGAAUAAUUCGGUCUCGGAGUGGGCCUCCGGAAGGAUUCGACCGUUUGAGGACUCCUCCCCGCAUCCACUCAUCAAGUAUUCGCAGCUGAAAGCGCUUAUCGCAGCCGCCGACAAGCUGAAAUCGAUCAGUCGACAAAACGGAGCCCCCGAUCCUUUUGCAAUGCUGCACGCAUAUAUGGGACAAGUUUUAAGCACCGCUGGACUUGAUGAAGCGGAUCUGUGCGCGGAAAGUCAUAUCAUCAUCGAGCCGAACGUCGUCGAUGAGGGAGAGAUUAUUGUGCUAACAGUCAACUUUGAGAAUCUUAAGCCAACUUUUCUCAACGCGAUCCGCUUGGAGAUUGAAUGGGUUCGUGGAGAUGUUUACACACCUGAAGUGAAAUUCGCUCCUGGAAUUUUCUCAUAUACAGGAAUCCACGCUCUCGAUGGAUCACAAAGCUUGCCGGGUAAAUCGUCAUUCCAAGCGAUUGCUAAAUACACAACAGCUCCCGGGCCUCGUUUAACACGAGAAGUCGUUUAUCAGCCAAUAGUGAUUGUUUCGUUCGAGAAUGGAGAGAAGAAAAGCAUUCAAAAGCUUCAAUCUUUUCCAGUGAUCAUUCGACCAAAGCCGGCUUUGAAGGUUCACUACUUUAUUCAACAGGAAAAAGCCUCUCAUUUUGUUUAUGUGAUUUUCGUGAAUAAUGGUUAUGUGACGCUAAAAAAUGUGCGCGUAAUCAACUUUAAAGUUGGCUACGAAAAAGCGAACAAAGAGCCGACUCGUUUUAGGAUUGAUGAAAUGCGGAUUGAUGGAAUACAGAAAAACGGUGGCUUGAGCUACGAAUUAGGAAUGAUUAAGCCGGGAAAGACGAAAGUCGCCACGUUUCGAGUGUUUCCACUGGAUAACGAGGGCUUUUUACACUCGAUUCAAAGUCAAACUCUUGUCGACGAGCGCUUGUUACCUUUCGAGGAAAAUAAGCCAUUGGCGAUUCGAUGGAUUUUGGAGAAAGGCCUUAUCGUUUCUCCCCUGGAAUCAGAAGAACCCCGGUUUUACUUCGAUCAAAAAGCGGCCACAAUCUCGAAUAUAAUUGAGCUACAAAAUAUUAAAAAAACCUCGAGCGAUUCGAAUGUGAAUGGCCGACUUUAUCACCGCAUUUCCACGGUGUUCAUGAAUCCAGAAUCGCAAUCGUUUCGAGGGGUUUUCCUUGGGAAAAUCCUACUGUCAACAAUGGAUAAGAACUUCAAAUUGAUAAGAUUGAACGAGGUUGGCUCAAAGUUAACGAACAUUCAACGCAAUUUGAACGGACCGAAAUGGAUACAAAAAGAGAAUGGGGUGGAUUACCUUAACUUCAUCGAUUCAACUGCUCUAAUGGCUCUUCCAUCAAACACCAUCUCUUAUGAAGCGAUUUUCGCUGAUCCAAACGAUUUCCCAACACCUAUUUUCGAGCAAAAUCUCUACCGAAUACAAGUUCAUCCCGAUUCCUGGCCAAUCCCGGGGACAUCAAUCGGCUCAAUUUCCGCCUUUUCCCCAAUCGAUUCUCCACUGGAAUUCUCUCUAUAUAGCUCAAUUGGCGAUGAGACGUUUUCGAUUGACAAAAAUACUGGCGAGAUUUUCGUAGAGAAUGAGUUGCGCAAAAACGAGGAACAGUGCGUGAUCGUUGAAGUGAAAGAUCAGCACGGGAAUUCAGCCACAGUCCCAUUGAGUAUAAACUCAGGUGGGCAGCAAAAAAGUUGUGUUUCGAGGGGAGUUUCCGGGAUGAAGCCGUUGAUUCACAUUGGGGAAACAGUUGAAACAUCUCCUCCCACCGAGUCUCCGUGGGUUUCUUUCCCAACUCCAGGCUUGCUCUCAACUCCAGAUGUAACAACGGAGAACUUUGAAACUUCAACAUUUCAAACGGAAAUUACGGAAAAUGAGAACCAUUCAAGUGAAACGAGUCAAGCAACAGCAAGUCAAGAAGUUACCGAUUCUGCAACUACAAGAAAACAAGACGAAACUGAGAUUUCAACGUGGGAAACAACUGUGACAAAUGGGCAUACAGAGAUUAUUCAUUCAAUCACACCGGACAAUGAGCCGACUGAAUGGACAACGAGUACGAUAAGAACAGCGAUCACAACACAAGCUAUUGAAAGCACCACCGAAAGCAUCACUUUCUAUACAAAUCGACCAGAUGGGGAACCAUCGACCCUUUCACCGACCGAUUUCCCGACCCCUGAUAUUCUGACGACAGAAACCGGUGAAACAACAGUGGAUAGUGGAGAGAUCCACUCGACAAUGAUUUUGACUCCUGAUGAGACACCUGAGCCGAUCACACGGAUUACACCUGUCGAGCAAACG